AUGAGUUCAGAAGACUCCCCCUUUACCAUCCGCACUCACCGGCCCGGCGACCUUGGCUACAUUGUAUCCCGCCAUGCAGCAAUCUACAGCCAAGAGUACGGCUACAGCCCUCACUUCGAAGCCUUGGUUGCCAGAAUUGCGGCCGACUUCAUUGAUUCCUUCGAUGCCGAUCGGGAACGGUGCUGGAUCGCGGAAAAGGAUAAUGUGUUUCUGGGGUCCAUCAUGCUUGCGAAAGAUAGCGAGAGGCUGGACGCGGCAAAACUAAGACUUCUACUCGUCGAGCCGGCAGCAAGAGGAUUGGGGCUGGGGAAGACUUUGACCCAGGCGUGCAUCGCCUUUGCCAGAGCGGCGGGCUAUCGUCGCAUUGUCCUGUGGACACAAAGCCACCUUCUCGCGGCACGGAAACUAUAUCACGCUGAAGGAUUCCAUCAGGUAGAGAAGCAAGAUAUAGUCCACGACCAGUUCAAGCCUGGCCUAAGAAGCGAGAGCUGGGAGCUGGAUCUCGCUGAUGUUUGA